CUGCACCGCCGUCAAAGCACGGACGGACGGAGCAGACUGCACCACCAAACACCUCCCCUCCCCUCCCAGGCUCCCACCCCCCGGGCCCCGACCUACACACACAGGUGGUGCCGGGGCCGGGCAUAAAAAUGCCUCUGCCUUGCGUCUCUCUCUUCUUCCUCCCCACCCCACGAGGCGCUAGCUGCGGCACGGAACCAGCGCCAUUAGAGGCCACAAGCCCGCACCACGCCUCCCUCGUUCUCGCGCGCGCGCACGCAUGCACGAGGAGCUGCUGCAGAGAAGAGGAGGCCUGUCGAUUUGAUUGAACUUUCCAAAUUCAGAUUCAGAAGCUGGCCAAGAUGACUGCCGGUUUCCAGCUCGGCGUGAUCGGGUCUCUCACGCUCUCCGUCGCGUCGUCGGUUGCCAUUGUCAUCUGCAACAAAGCCCUCAUCAGCACCCUAGGCUUUCCAUUCGCUACGACUCUGACAAGCUGGCACCUGAUGGUGACCUUCUGCACCCUCCACGUGGCGCAGCGCCUGCGCUUUUUCGAGCCCAAGGCGAUCGACGGGCAGACGGUAGUUCUGUUUGGCUUGCUCAACGGGACCUCGAUUGGCCUUCUGAACCUUAGUUUAGGGUUCAACUCCAUCGGAUUCUACCAGAUGACGAAGUUGGCCAUAAUACCCUUCACGGUGCUGUUGGAGACUAUAUUCCUGAAGAAAAGAUUCAGUGAGACGAUCAAGUUUUCUCUGCUGGUCUUGCUGCUCGGAGUUGGCAUCGCCUCAGUUACGGACCUCAAGUUAAACUGCCUCGGGUCCGUUCUUUCCGGCCUCGCCAUCGCCACCACUUGUGUCGGCCAAAUUCUCACGAAUACGAUACAGAGGAAGCUGAAGGUCUCGUCAACGCAGCUCCUGUACCAGUCAGCGCCUUACCAAGCAGCCAUUCUGUUCGCCACUGGCCCCUUCGUGGACCAUCUCCUCACCGGCCGCAGCGUCUUCGCCCAUAGAUACACUUUCCCGGUUGUGCACGUUCCUGGUGAUCGGGACGACGUCGCCGGUGACGUACCAGGUGCUGGGCCACCUCAAGACGUGCCUGGUGCUGUCGUUCGGGUACACGCUGCUGCACGAUCCUUUCACCGUGCGGAACAUCCUGGGCAUCCUCGUCGCCAUCUUCGGGAUGGCGCUCUACUCCAUCUUCUCGGUGCGUGAGGGCAAGAAGAAGUCCGCAGGCGACGCCCUCCCGGUGUCACAGAUGCCUGACAAGGAGACGGAGCCGCUGUUGGCGACCAAGGACAACAGCGACACCAAAAAGGCGAACGGGGUUGCUCACGACUGCUAAGAUGUUCCCGUUUGCCGUUGCUUAUAGCCUAAUUAGUCCAGCUCUAGUGUUACUACGACGCACUGUUCUGAAUCUCAGAAAGUCAGGGAAGAAGUCAUUCCUUUUUGUUUCUUAUAAUAUUGUAUAUGUAAUAUUCCUCUAUUGCGAAUUAUAAGCCGUUUCAAUUUUUUUGAA